AAGGAUGAAUUAUUAUUAUUAAUUCCAUUCCAUCAAUUACUGAUUCAAUGUUUAAUAUCAAAUAUAUGAUCGCUUUCAUUCAUUUUGUUCUGUAUAGGUGUUAAUCUUGACCGUGUUGGAUUUGUACCGCUGCUCGACGAGGUGAAUGAUGCUGCUGAUGGUAGAAUUGUUUCAUUUUGUGAUUGUGUUUGA